GUAAAAGCCCAGCCCAAAAACCUAACAAUCUCAUCCAAUAUUUACUUUCUUUCCCCUUCCUCAAGCCAACUCACACAAUCCCCAUUUCUUAGGGUUUAACCUCAACUUUUCCCCCUUUUUCACACCCUUAAGGCUUAAACCCUACAAAUUUCUACUCCCACUUUCUCUCUCCUCAAUUCUCCGCCAUGGGAAGCCAGCAAGCUGUCUCUUUCCUCACCAACAUUGCUCGUGCAGCAUUCGCCGUCGGCCUCGGUGGGACCGUCCUCAACUCCGCUCUCUACACCGUCGACGGUGGCGAAAAAGCCGUUCUAUUCGAUCGUUUUCGCGGAGUUCUCGAGGAAACUGUCGGCGAAGGUACUCAUUUCCUUGUUCCAUGGCUUCAGAAACCCUUUGUCUUCGACAUUCGCACUCGACCACACCAAUUCUCCUCGAUUUCUGGUACUAAGGAUCUUCAGAUGGUUAAUCUCACUCUUAGGGUUUUAUCUCGCCCCGAUGAACGCCGUCUUCCUUACAUUUUUCAGCACCUUGGUUUGGAAUAUGAUGAUAAGGUUCUUCCUUCCAUUGGUAAUGAGGUUUUGAAGUCUGUUGUUGCUCAAUUUAAUGCUGAUCAGCUUCUUACUGAACGUCCUAGGGUUUCUGCUCUUGUCCGAGACAGCUUGAUUAAGAGGGCAAAGGAUUUCAAUAUCAUCUUGGAUGAUGUAGCAAUUACUCACCUCUCAUAUGGUACAGAAUUCUCAAGGGCAGUCGAGCAGAAGCAAGUGGCACAGCAGGAGGCUGAAAGGUCUAAAUAUGUGGUUAUGAAAGCUGAUCAAGAGAGGCGUGCAGCAAUCAUAAGGGCUGAGGGAGAAAGUGAGUCUGCCAAAUUGAUUUCAGAGGCUACUGCAGCUGCAGGAAUGGGCCUCAUUGAGUUAAGGAAGAUUGAAGCUAUGAAGGAGAAUGCUGCAACAAUGGCAAGGAGUGCUAAUGUGAUCUAUCUUCCCAAAGGAAAUCAAUUGCUUAUGGCAAUGAACCAGCUUGGUGGACGUUAAGAACAAGGCUUGGGGGUUUGAGGACAUUGUCAACUUCGCAAAGUAGUAUCCAUGUUAGUUGUUAGCUGGUGGAAUACUUAGAUAUCUGUUACUGGACGUAAAACAUUUUGGACACUGGGAAUCAGACUAUGAAAGGUCUUCAAUCUUCAUAGUGAAUGAAAUAUUGUUUGAGCUGUUGAUAGUUUAAGCUUUUGUUACAAUAACCAUAUGUAACUCGGGAACUUGGAUGCUCUCUGUUUAAACACUUUUUCUUGUGGUGGGAGAAGCAUUCUUUUGGUGUUUGCCAAAUGCGAGUAAUAUGAUUUCGUUCGCAUG